AUGGCCAUCGCGGACUUGGUUGUAACGGUUUUUAGCAUACCGGUUGAACUGAUUACAACAGAGGCUGAUCCUAAAUGGUUGGUUUCUGGAAUAUUUGGCCUAAUUCUCUCAAUUUUUUCUGGUUUCAGGCCGUAAAUAUUUUAACAGGCAGCUUAUCAGCCAUUGCCGUUGAUCGUUUCCUUCUGAUGUUUCACCUUCACAAGAAGGUCAUCACUCCGCGCGCUGCAAAGCUUAUCUUACUUUAA